AUGACUUCUCGUCCUCACAAACAUGUACUUUUGUCCGGUCAAGAGUGGUGCAUGAGGGAUAGUGGUUGUCACCUUGCUGGGUCAAAGGAUCAUGCAACCAUAACAGAACUAAUUGGCAAGGAGCAAAAGCAGCGGGCGCAAGAAACCAAAGAACAGAUUGCAACCACUCGAAAUCCAAAAUUGGCUGCCGAAUUGCGUGAACUUUUUUCAUUUAUGUUAGCAGAAAGAACGAAAUAUUGUACAAAAGUUCAAAAUGAUACCUCUGAGGCGAUGAUUGGAAAUGAAAAAUCAAUAAUACGUGAAGAAGAUGCUGAUUCAAAAGGAUCUGAAAUGGAAAUCGACUCUGGGGCGGCAGAUUUUGAUGGGCAACGCGAUGUUGCGUCAGACAAAUCAUAUGAAAGAACUCGUACACAUAAUGCUAUAAGCAAUCCAUCAAAUUCUUCAUCGAGUACACGACCAGAUGCAAAAUUGUCAAGCGUUGAACAAGUCAAAGCGGCCAAAAACAAUUUGAUAUCAUCAAAUACUAAGCAAGCUGAAGUUACUAGAACCAAUGUAUCAACAGCUCAAUCGAAUAUGCUCAGAGCAAACGCAUCAACGAUAAAUCCAGCAGUAAUUCACGGAAAUAUGAUCACAUAUCCGUUAAAUCCUUUACCUCCUCAUAUUGCGGGAGUCGUAUCUACCAAUACGUCAGGUCAGAUUAUUUCACCUCCAUUACAUCCUCCCGGAUAUGCAUCACAUCCAUGGGAGUCUAUACAACCACAUAGAGUUGUCCAAAACCAGCAGACAGGACAAAUACCGCCUUUUUAUAAUCCAGUUGUACCACAAGAACCUGCGAUUUAUCCAUAUGGAACAAAUAAUCUUCAAUUUCAAUAUGUGGGAAACAAUUUCGCAUUACCACCAGGACAAUGGUCUCAACCAUAUGCAUACGGAGGUCAUCCACCUUAUCAGUGGACACAUCCUCAUGAUACUCGAAACCCAUCAAUGGUUAUGGAUUCUCAGUGGAAUGCAACACAAACAUCAUGGUUUAAGAGGUAA